AAGAGAAAAUGGCUGUUGAGUGUCAUUUGUGUCUGCUGGGACUGAUCUUUCUCUCUUCACUUCUCACAGGUACCAGUGGAGUGAACGUGACUUAUGUGUUCAUCAGUUCUGGUGAAAACGUCAGUCUGUCCUGUAAUAAUGCUCUUCAUGACUGCACAUCAACUAUGUGGCUCUAUAACAAAUUCAGACAUUCAGCAACAGUUGAACUGAUUGGUUUAGGGAAAAAGAAGAAAGACACAGAGAGACAUGAGAGACUGAGUCUGGGGUCUGACUGCUCUCUGAACAUCAAGAACAUCUCAAAAGAAGAUUAUGGAUAUUACACCUGCAGACAAUAUGUGAAUGGAGAACAACGAACUGACACACAUGUUGAUCUGCAUGUUCUUCAUGUCUCUUCAUCCUCCUCCUCAUCCUCACAGACUGAGAUCAGUGCAGGCCGCUCUGUGACUCUCUUCUGUCAGUUGUAUUCAUUUGCUGGAGGCUCUUGUGAUGAUUGGAUCUGUUAUGAGAGAAUUCAGCUGUUCUGGGUGAAUCAGGCUGGUGUUAAACUGACGAGAUCAGACUCCAGAUAUCAGAUAUUAUCCUCAUCAGAUCACUGUAUCAUCACUCUGACUACAACACUCCUGAAUGAAGAUCACAACAGAGAGUGGAGAUGUGAAGUUACUCACAGAGAUCAAGUCAAGAGCUCAGUCACAUACACUGUCAAGAGUUCAGCUCAAGCUGAAACAGUGACAGCAGUGAUUCCAGUCCACAUCACAAACUCUCAGGAUCCCUCAACUACAACAUCAUCAUAAACUUCUAAAGAUCAAGUCACAGUGAUUUCUGUGUCUGCCGC